AUGGGGGGACGCACAGAGGAUGCACAUGAGGAGGCCGAGGAAUAUGCCGACAAGGACGCUCUGAGGGAUGCAGCCACUGAAAAGACAAGGCGAAACGAAACACGUCCAGGAUGCGAGGAGGGUGCUCUCCCCUUGCCUUUGAGGACCUUGUCUUUUCAGUGGCUGCAUCCCCCGAGCUCCUUGUCGGCAUAUUCCUCGGCCUCCUCAUGUGCAUCCUCUGUGCGUCCCCAUUUACUGGGCAUUGUUACACAGGUGGAAGCAGUGAGGGCCGUCUAUCGACGCUAUGUGAGUGCAGUGUGCGACGCCCUUACCCUCGGUUGCUUGCCUCUAGGAGGAGGAGGUGGAAGUGGAGGAAAAGGAGCUGGAGGAGGGGGGUCGGGAGCAGUUAGUGCCGCCCAGGGCGCCGCAGUCGCCCUGCUGGAGGCAUGCCGCAGUGGAACAGUGUCACUUGAAGAAGCAGUGUGGAAACGAUGGGAGGAAAGGGCAGCUUGCCCUGCUGCUGGACCUGCUUCCUCCUCUGCAUCAUCUUACUUCUCUUCCGGCAUGCCCUCUGUCUCAUCCUCGUCCUUGUCUUCGGUUUGGAAUUCUUCUUCCCUCUCAUCUUCUUCCAUAUCUGCUUCCAGUUCCCCCAAUGCAUCCUUUUCACUUGGCUCAGAAGUGACAAGAUACAUUUUGGUGACAAGGCCCCUAGAGCGGAUCCACUAUUAUGAGACGUUCCUCAAGGAAGUCUUGAGGAAUGAGGAGGAGGGAGGAAGAAGAGGAGGAGCGGGAGAACGAGACCACAUUAAUUUUGCGUAUUCGCACUGGAGACUCACGGCAAAUUAUGCACACAAGAUGCAGAUUGAGGCUGAGGUGACACGAACCUUCUGGGACUCAAAUGCAGGUCUGGCGGCGAGGUUGCCCAAGGAGCUGUUUUCACCAGUGCGCCGCCUCAUCCGAGACUCGAAGAUGUAUCCUAUCAGUCUGCACAAUGCUGGCCGGUUCUCCUCACAUUCAUUCAUUCUAAUGUCGGGUGUCCUGCUGCACAUACAAUACUCGUCUGUGGCACUCUACCCACUUGAGACCAUGUGGGUGGAAACAGUGCCGGCAGCAUCCAGUGUACAGAACGGCAUAGUGCUGACCAUGCCAGAAGAAACACUAACGCUAACAUGCCCAUCUGGACCUGACAAGACACAAUGGCUGCGUGCCCUGCAGGAAGCUGUACGAGGGGCACUCCUGCCCCCUUCCCCCAUCCCCGGUGCUGAGGGCGGAGGUGAGGAAGGGGUCCCCCCUCUCCGCUCGCCCCCUCUCGUCAGGAACGCCACUUACACCUUCACCAAGAGCGGACCCUUCAAGGAUGCUACGUACAGAGGCCAGUGGUUGUGCGGCAAGCCUCACGGAGCAGGUACCCUGUCAUGGGCAUCAUCGGGCACCACAUACAAGGGCCAGUUCCGCCAGGGACUCUACCAUGGGGUUGGCAUUCUUCAUACACCACUGCAUCCAGUUGUUUCUUCCUCGUCUGCAUCAUCAUCUUCACAUUCUUCCUCUGGUUCUGCUUCCACCACUUCUUCCUCUGGUUAUUCAUCUUCAUACUUCACCAGUUCUGGUUCUUCAGGGUCUCACACUUCUUAUCCUACUUCUAUGUCUUCCUCUUCCUCUUCAUCCUCUUCCUUUGUAGUGAUGCAGGAAGGAAUGUGGAUAAGCGGGAAGAUGGUUGGCCAGGCAGUCAUCAGGUAUGCCAAUGGAGACCUAUAUGUAGGCCAAGUCAAGGAUGGGCUGCCCUCAGGUCAUGGCGUUCGCAAAACAGGACACUUUGGGUCACAGGCAGCCUCUGUCUACACUGGGGAAGGGAGCCAGGGCGUGAGGGCAGGCUUUUGGGGUCUUGGACGACAUUGUCAGAGAUUAGGAGUGUUGAUAUAUAUGGCUUUUGUCCUGAAGGGUAGAGACGUCCAUAGUACACUUGCUCCAUGUCUGGUGUCAAGUGAAAAAAUCCUGAGCAACACUGUUGUUCACAUUGAGUGGGUGCAAGUUAUGAAUUCAAUAUCCGGCUGUGACCGAGCUGUUUAUGAGAUUUCUGUCGUCCCCCAUGGCUCGGGAGCUGAUCCCAGCAGUGAGAAUAGCUCCUUCUCCAGGACUCUGCUAGGUCCCCAGAAAAUGAGGAUCUCUGGCUCCUGGUACCAGCCGCUCCAACUUGCAUCGCUGGACAUGGUACAGCGAUACGGGUCACCAACUCGACAACCUAACGGACCCCAGUUUGCUCUGUGGGAGCUCUUCAAGCGCGUAACACUCAAGAGUCCAUUGCCGUACACCCGAGGGCAAGGGCCAUGA